AUGCCGUGCGGUAACGCGCGUUGUCCUCCGGACUGUACCGCCUUCUACUACGGCAUUGCGAACACGUACACGAUCGGUCUGCACCAGAACGGGCUCAACCCCCAGAUGUCACCCAACCCCCCAGAUGACGAAUCAGAGUACCAGCACAAGCUCACACCCCCAAAGCUCAAGUACCACCUCGGCUUCUGGUUCACCGAUCGCGCCUGGGACAUCGCCGACGGAUUCUUGUCCGUCGGUAGCAAGCAUGACCCGCCACCCGAGUGCUUCGACACGUGCCCCACCCUUGGCCGAUAUCGCUUUUCGUAUGGGAGUGUGGUGCAGCCCGGAUUCCACUACUUGGAGGGCUGUGUCGAUCCGCCAGACAGCUCAACACCCAGCGUCAAGACGUCAAGAAAGAAAGGCAAGGGCAAGGUGGUCGCGGACCCGUCUCGUCGUCUGCGGGUUGGGUCAUGUUGGCGCUGCGCCAAGAGUAAAGCCCUUGCCUCACGCCACGAGGUCGAGGGCGCCACCUCGACGGCCCCGUCAUCGACGGACCAGUCGUCCACCAGUUCCACCUCCGACGGCAACGUGCUCCCGCCGCCAUCUCCAGUUGUGGCCACCACCAUCCCGUCGCGCACCACCCGUCGCCCCCAGACCUGCUUCUGCGAAGAGUGCGAGAACCCGCCCGCCCGCUACGCCCGCCUCGACGACAGUGACCUCGAGGACUAG